AUGUACAAGCAGAGGCUACAUGAGCUGUGCCAGAAGAAACAGUGGGCAAAACCACUGUACACGAGCUCCUGGAUCGGGCCGGACCACAUCCCUCGCUUCCAGGCCUCCGUCACCGUCAAUGGGGUCACCUUCGACGGGCCAAAGGAUGUGCUCUUCGGGACGCAGAGGGAGGCCCAGAACGGGGCCGCCCGCCUCGCCGUCGACGAGCUCGUUUCGUCCUCCUCCGCGGCGGUGACGGCGGCGCCACCGUCUCCGAGGCCACUAGCGGAGCCUUCGUGUAAGCACCGUCGAAUUCGCGUGUUGUUUCUUCCAAAAUCUCGUCAGUUUGGCGCGUCUCAUUCUAUUUAAACAGUUCUGGAGUGAUCUGAGGGGCCGAUGAUCGUGCUACCUCCUCCGAUCCUUGUUCACUGUUUGUAUAGUUGUUGAAUAUCUGUGAAAUUCUUUGGUGAAGUUAGUCAUCGAUCGAUGGGUACGAACCCUGUUGUAUAUAGUCUCAAAUGGGUAAUGUACUAUGAUUUCCACUUCCAUCUUUGAUCUGCAAUAGCCCACGAUCUGAUCUUUACCAAUUCGUCGAAGAGGAUUCAACAUGACCCACUGGAAUUAGCAUUAAUUUUUUAUAGUCCUCUUGAAUUAGUAUCUCUUAUUUCUGUAUAACUCAGCAUCCAGUUCAUGUUUUGGUGCGAUCUCCGAUUUCUGUAGCCUCUUCUCCUGAGAAGCUUGAGGUGGACGAAAACCCAUCGAGGAAUGAAGAAUUGAAAAAUCUUGGGCCUGA